UUUUCUCUGAUGCCCAACCUGUUUUACCACUUUGCAUUCAUGUGGUUCAGUUGUUUUAGUCAGCUGAUGCACUUCAGUAGUUGUCUUCGGUGGAUGGACACACUGAUCUACUUGUUGGACUAACACUUUUAGAUAGGGGGAGGCCAUGACGGUUGAUGUGGAGGCUCCAUUGCCUGUUGGUCAUGAAGAAGCUGCAAUCCGUUGCAGAGAUGUGUGCCGAUCCUAUGGCAAACUCAAGGUCCUCAGCAAUCUCAACCUGACUGUGCCACAAGGACAGAUAUAUGGUUUGUUAGGCCCCAGUGGAUGUGGAAAGACUACACUGCUGAAAUGCAUUGUGGGUACUCUAAAAAUAUCACGAGGUCAAAUCAUUGUGUUGGGGAAGCCACCUGCGUUUCCUGGUCAUGAAGUACCGGGUAGAAUGGUUGGAUACAUGCCACAGGACCUGGCAUUGUACAAUGAGUUCACCAUCAGUGACACUUUGACAUUUUUUGGUCGCCUACACGGUCUGACCCGAAAAGAAACACAGGCCCGCAUGAACUUUCUUAUUGACUUUCUCGAUCUACCUCAGAAGAACUGCCUUGUUCGAAAUCUCAGUGGAGGUCAGAGACGCAGAGUUUCUCUGGGAGCUGCUUUGCUUCAAAACCCUGAGCUGCUCAUACUGGAUGAACCCACAGUUGGAGUGGACCCAGUGCUAAGGACCAAGAUUUGGCAGCAUCUGGUGGAAAUCGUGAAGACAGCGAAGGUCUCUGUCAUUAUCACCACUCACUACAUCGAGGAGGCCAGACAAGCCAAUGUGGUUGGUCUGAUGAGAAAUGGCCAUCUGCUGGCUGAAGGUCCUCCAGAUCAAGUCAUGAAACUACAUGGUACAGCAACUUUGGAGUGUACUUUUUUGAAGCUUUGUCAGUCAUCAGACCAGACAGCCACUAAGGAAAGCCCCAGCCCACUGGACAGAAUGCUGGAGAAGAGCCAGUCAUUUGAGAGCAAUGAGAGUCGGCCUAUUCUUGGUAUGAACCCACCUACAGAGGACAUUCCCAAGUUUACAGCGGACUGGAAGGUGCGAGCCAGACAUGUGUUACCGAAAUGUAGAAACAUUGCAGCCCUGACUAUCAAGACAUUGGUGCGAUUUAAGAGGACCCCAGGGUCCCUAUGUUUCCAGUUCCUGCUGCCUGUCAUUCAGAUCACUCUGAUUUGUCUUUGUAUUGGAGGAGAUCCUCAGGGCAUCCAGGUUGCAGUGGUCAAUAACGAAACAUCUCCCUCCUCAUAUAGCCACUCUCUGCUCUCUGCCAUAGACAACUACAGUAUCCAUCAGGUGCACCUAUCACAUUCAGAAGCUUUUGAAGGAAUUUAUAAUGGAGAAUACUGGGGAGUCAUUGGAUUUGGCAAGAAUUUCACCAGCUAUCUGACAAAAAGAGCCUUGCAGCGGCAUGUGUCCAGAGACGUGGUUGAUGGGGGUUCUGUACAUGUCUGGCUGGACCACACAAAUCGUCAAAUAGCCCUUAUGCUGCAAAAGAAACUACAUGAUGCUUUUCAGACUUUUACUGAAAGCAAGCUAGGAAGUAUGUCUUAUCAGGUUGCCUUGCCUGUGAAGUUUGAAGAGCCGAUCUAUGGUAGCCAAAGUACAGAUUUCACCACUUAUGUGACUCCUGGUGCUGUUCUCAGUAUCACUUUCUAUCUCGCUGUUGGUCUGACUGCUCUGUCCUUUGUCCUGGAGAGAAAGGAAGGCCUAUUGGACAGAUGCUGGGUAGCAGGUGUGAGUUCUCUGGAGACUAUGCUGGCUCACCUUUGCUCUCAACUCUUUGUCAUCAGUAUCCAAAUCUUCAUGCUGCUCAUCUUCGUGAUGCAUGUGUUCAAGAUGCCGAAUGAAGGCUCUUUGGUGCUCAUCAUCAUAUUGAUCGUGCUCCAAGGAGUGACUGGGAUCUCCUUUGGUCUUGUAAUCUCAUCUGCCAUUGAUGAUGAGCAGAGUGCUAACCAGGCUGCACUGGGCAUCUUCUACCCAAACCUCAUGAUCAGUGGUGUUAUUUGGCCUGUUGAGUGCAUUCCUUACCCUCUUCGCUACCUCAGCAUGGCCCUGCCUCAAACGUUUGCUGCUGAGUCCCUUCGUUGUAUCAUGUACAGAGGUUGGGGUCUGAACCAGAUGUUGGUGUGGCGUGGGUUCGCAGUCACUCUUGGUUGGAACACUUUCUUUCUCAUUCUGGCCACUGUCAUUCUGAAGCUAAGGACAUGAGUGUCUCCUCUUGGUGAAUGUUACUCAUUCUGGGGGACAGGUGAGGCCCGUGCUAACAAACUGCUGGGCUAUGGGGCUGUGAACAAGCUGAUACACAGAGAAGAAGAAACACACUGUUGAUAGCUUCAUUCUACAUGCCUAUAGCCAGUGCACUACAUGUUUGAAGUCCUGCUCACCUGAAUGCAGAAACAGAACAAAUACUGUAAUGUUGUAUUUGGAUAUAAAAAGGUGUAUAUUUGCUCUCAUACUGUGCACAUUACCAUCUUACAUGUCUAAGAACAGGUCAUGCACAAAACUCAGGUUGUAAUAUUUUUUCUUUUCUUCUAGGCUUUAGUCUUUAUGAUAACAAAAAAUAGAAGUAACCCAUAUGUUGCUAAAAGUGGGAGGACACGUUGAAGCCCCCUUUUGAAUGACUAGCUCACUAUUUCAUCUGACUCUUGUAUCCUGCGUUGUCUGUGCAUGACAGGAAGUGGAAGAUGUGUCACAUCUUCUUAACAUUAAAAGGUGCUCAGCUGUGAAUUGGUUGACUUUUGAAGUUUAGUGCCUGCAUUUACUGUAGAAACCAAAUGCUGAUACCAAGAUGAAUGGCUUUAUUGCACACACACAAAUGUCUGGUUCAAAUUUGUAAAAAGGGAAAAAAAAAACAUUUAUAAUUCUGAUUAAUGAAGAUUCGUCUUAGUAUUUUGUCAGUUUUAAAAUAUUUGUACUUGCGUUUUAAUUAUGCUUUUAAUUGUAUGUAGUUUAUUAAUCUCUCAUAUGUUUGUGC